AAACACGAAAUGCAUUCUGUUUACGAGUCAAACUUCUAAUUUCUAGGCAGAACCUUCAAGUGUCAUCAAUAUAUUUGUCAAAUUUCUGUGUCAGUUCGUUCGUGUCUUUUGAGUGUUUAGGGUCUAAAAACUAAAGUUUAAGAAAAAAAUGAAAUUAAUACAAAUUUUAUUCAUUUUUGCUGCAAUUGGAGUGUCAUUACAACAAUCAACUCGAUGCUUUUCAUGCACAAAUUGUGGAGGAUCCGAUUUUGCUAGAUCAAAUUGUCAAACAGGAGAAGACGACGACGAAAAUGUUGGUCCACCAACACCUCCAACUUCUCCAUUAGGAUUUUCAGCUAAAAAUGUAUCACUUGAUGGAUUCUUUCCAGUUGCUUCAAUGAACAAUACAAACAAUUCAAGUACAGCAACAACAGCAAUAGUUCAAAACACAAACGCUCAAUUUUCAUGCUUUACAGUGAUCCUCGAUGUUGCUGGAACAUUACAGACAGAUCGUGGAUGUAUUGCAAGAGGAGAAACAACAUGCAAUACUGUUAAUAGAAAUCAUAGAAUUGAGAAUUGCUUCAUAUGUGAUUCUGAUUUCUGCAACAGUGGAAGUGGUCAAUUAGUGUACUCAUUAAUCCUUGUUGCUGCUUUUUAUUUAGUUUGGAAUAUUUUAUCAUAAUUAGUGAACAUUUAUGAAAUACCAAAAAAAGAGAGAGUUUGUAAAUUAUUGUUAAAUAAUUAAAAUUUCCAUAGUAUUUUGUGGAUUUGUUUGUGGCCACUCGAAAGUAUUUCUGCAAAAAAAAUUAUAAAUUUACAUCAAAUUAAGCCAACAUCAAUCAAUUGUAUUUAUAAAAUAAUGUUAUGUGAUACUGAUUUAUUUUGAAAUUUUAAUCAUGUGCACUAUUGCGAUAAUAAAAUAUAAUUUCAAAUGAAUAAAUUUUUGUCGAUAUUUUCAGCACACACAAAAAAAAGAAGAGAAUGUUGAUAGAGAAUAUUCGUAGAAAUGAUGGAUGGGUUUGGAAUGUUAUCGAUAAAAUGUAUCAAAUUUUAAAUUAAAUUGAGCAUUGGAUUUGAUUUAUUUUCGUUGUUAUUUAUAUGUUUUUGAAGCUACAAGAAUUUAGUAUGUAGCAAUUAAUUUCUGUUUUGUAUUUUUAAUUGAGAACAAUUUUUAUUUUUGAUUGGAUUCAAAAAAUGUGAAUAUGAGCAAUCAGGAAUGGAAUAAAUAA